AUGAAAAUUUUUAAGAAGCUUUUUAACACCGCCUCCAAGUCAAAGGAGGCAGAACCAGCCGAACGCAAUGUUCGGUAUCCAAUUCCAGGGGAGACAUCAGGCUCACCAGUAUCGGUUCCUUCACCGGCUACAGGGUCGGAAACCUUCUACGAGGUAGAUUUAGGCGCUGAAGACGUGGAGGAAAAGAAGCUGGUGAGGAGACAAUUCCCCCUGUUUAGACCAUUUGGAUGGUUUAAAGAGAGGAGAGAGGAGAAGGAGUUAGCUGAAAGGGUUCUUUUGGCUAAGGGGAUGGUUGCCGGCAUUCGUGCAGCUUCAAUGGGCUUCUCGGAUUCCGAAUACGUACAGUCCAUUUCUCAAGGACUCACAAAACUUGAGAAUGGAAAUUACAAAUCGGGUGAUAGGAAGUUUAUUGUACACCGGGUCACAAAGAGAGAAUUUGAAAAUGUGAUCAGGUGGCUCCCUGAAAUACUUGGCGAGGACGAGUAUGAGUCGCUACUUAUACCUGUCCUUCAAUUAGUCGAGAUGCAGUUAAAGACGAAAACCAAAUACUUCGUUGUAACACGCAAUCUCGACUAUAGGACAGAGUUUUUAUUGGAAUACAAGUUUUCCCGGAAUGGCAAGGAAUCUGCUAUAUCACGUCGCCAUCCCAACAAUUUCAGGCUCACAGAAACUCGGAAGUUCCCAGAAAAUGAGGCUUGGGAUUGGUGGGAUAAUUAUCGCUUUUUAGAAGACGUAUCUUUUCUAGCUGCCAAAGAAAGAUACGGCUUCAAGUUUGUAAUAUGUGCUGCAUAUGCAGAUGAUGGGGACCAUAGAGUUUGGUAUUAUAUUGAUGAUUGGUUUAAAGACAGUCCAAGCGGGGUCUCUCGAUUAGGUCAGAGUAGGCGCAAAUUGUCUGAGAAGUAUGCUCUUUGGAUUUACAAUCUUUUCAAUUUUCAUUUGAACCUGGUGGAAGGUCCAUUGAAGAUGAAGGACUUUGAUCGCAUAUAUCAACGUCCUAGAAAAGAAAAAUCCUUUAUUCAGAGAAAGUUGGCCGAAAUGUUUUGCUGCGAUCUGAGACCCUCAAGCUCUGAAUCAAUCUGA